GUAAAUGCAGUGUAGUUAUGAGUUUUCUGGUUCGGUGUAUGUAGAUGGCAACACGUAUUGCAUCAUUAUUAUAAGAUUUACCGGUUUAUAAAGAUUGAAGAGUAAAUUCUUGUGCACGAGACAUAAAUUACUUUACAAAAUGCAGCAUAAAGUCCUCAGUACCAUAAUGUGCACAAGACUUCAGCGAAUAUCCAUAUCAUCCACAUCAUGUUCAUUUUCUAUGGCCAACAUAUUAAAAUGUAGUUCAACCGUGAAACAAUAUCAUCUUUCAACUGUUGUAAAGAAAACUUCAGCAGUCCCACACUAUUAUACAACAUUUGCUAUUCAGUAUCCAGCUGGUCUGCGUAGUGUGCAUUCUGCAGUUAAUCUUAAAUCAAAAGAGCCUUCAAAAGUAGAAGAGACAGUAAAGGUCUUAAAAGAAGAAGUAUUGAAAUCAAAACCUUCCCUGAAAGAGCCUGUUUCUGUAUCUCCUGCUCCUAAGCGUUCAUUGGGAAAAAGAAUCUGGGAUGAGUUUGUACAUUAUUAUCAUGGGUUCCGGUUAUUGUUCAUCGACUUAAAAGUCUCAACAAGGUUAAUGUGGAAGAUACUACAUGGAGGUGAACUUACCAGGAGAGAACAUAAACAACUUGUUAGAACUGUAUCAGAUUUAUUUCGAUUGGUUCCCUUUUCUGUAUUUAUCAUAGUUCCGUUUAUGGAGCUUCUUUUGCCGGUGUUCCUGAAGUUAUUUCCAGCAAUGUUACCAUCAACGUUUCAAACAAUAUCUGAAAAGGAGAUGAAGUUUAAAAAACAAUUAAAAGUCAAAAUUGAGAUGGCAAAAUUUCUUCAGGAUACCCUAGAUGAAAUGGCAUUGCAGUCCAAAGGUGACUCACAUUCACACACUGCAAAGGAAUUUGUAAUGUUCUUUGAAAAGAUACGAACUACUGGCCAACAAGCAAGUAAUGAAGAAAUUCUCAAAUUUUCAAAAUUGUUUGAAGAUGAAAUAACUUUGGAUAGCUUAACAAGACCUCAACUUAUUGCACUAUGUAGGCUUUUAGAACUGCAACCAAUUGGAUCAUCAAAUUUUUUGAGAUUCCAGCUAAGAAUGAAGCUGCGGAAUCUUAAAGCUGAUGACCAAAUGAUUAUGAAAGAAGGAAUAGACAGUCUAACAGUGUCUGAGGCUCAAGCAGCUUGUAGAGCAAGAGGCAUGAGAGCUUUAGGUAUACCUGAAGAUCGUCUGCGUUCACAGCUACAGCAGUGGCUAGAACUAAGUUUAAACGAACAGAUUCCUCCGUCUUUACUGUUAUUGUCACGAGCACUUUAUUUGCCUGAAAACCUGCCUGCUCCUGAUCAAUUGAAAGCAACACUUUCAUCACUGCCAGAAGUUGCGGCAACCGAAGCAAAAUAUAAAAUUGGAGAAAUCGAAGGUAAAGUUGACAAUAAAACUAAACUAGAACUUAUUAAAAAAGAGGAAGAAGCUAUUAAAAAAGAAGCUGAGGAAAGACAACAGGAAUUGCUGGACCAGAAAAAAAAAGAAGCUGUAACAGUUGAUGCAGAUUCAAGUUCUAUUGCUGAUUCUACCAUAAAGGAAAUUCUAAUAGAUAAAGCUCCAGUGUUAGAAGAUGUGGCUGAACAAUCGAACGAGAAGUUAACUAAACCUGAGGAAAAAGAAAUUUUCAAGAAAGAUUUGGAUGAUAUAGAAGAUGCCCUAGAAAACAUAGCAAAUGAAAAAAAGAAAUUACUUAUUGAAAAGGAAGAAAUUGAAGAUCUAAAAGAAGAAAUGGCAGACUAUAAACAGGAUAUUGAAGACUUGAAAGACAUAGUUCUUGAGACAGGGCAUAAAGAAAUAAGGGAAUCUAAAGCUGCAUUAAGGUUAUCCAACAAAGUAAAUAAAAUGAUUUCAAAAAUGGAUAAACUUCUAGAAGAACUAACUGAAGAAAGAGAAAACCUACAGCAACAAAUAAAUGAUAAAAUGAAAGAAGGUGUAAGUGCUGUGAAAGAAAGUAUUAAUCUAAUGACAGAUCUGGAAACUACCCAAAACCAUGUUCGAAGAUUAAUUGUGGGAGCAUCAAAUACCAUGCCAUUUGAUGGUGAAGUUGAAACUAUUAGACUGGCCAGUCAACUAUUGACAAGAGUGGAAGACUUUGAGAAUGUCAUUAUAUUGUCCGAUUACAUCUCAGCAAUCAAAGCAGUUUCAUCUCUGGAUUAUGCAGAUUCUCAGAGACUUAAAAGUUGCAAAGAGAAUUUGGGUUAUUGCUAA